CAAUCACUGCUGGACUCAUUUCAAUGUGUCAGAGUUGAGAGAGAAGAGACAGAGUUGAGAGAGAAGACGACUGGCAAGACUUCUUCUUCUUCUUCUUCUUCUUCUUCAGUGGUCACCACAUGGACUGUAGCAGACUUCUUCUUCAGAUCCUCCACUCCACAUGGACUGUAGCAGACUCCAUAGUCCCAGCAGGAUGGUGAGACAGGUGUGAGUCAGGAUGACAGCAGAGAGCAGCAAGGUGCGACAGGUGCUGCUGGCCUGCAUGCUGCUGCAGGGCUGCGCUGCUCAGACACAAGGAGUUUGCAGCGGCACUCAGAAUGGUUUGAGCACGACGGGCAAUUCCAGCGACCAGUACAACCUGGCCAGGGAGCGCUACACUGGCUGUGAGAUUGUCAUGGGGAACCUUGAGAUCACCAACAUGGAGCACAUCAGAGACUUCUCCUUCCUGCAGUCAAUCAGGGAGGUGACAGGCUACAUCCUGGUGGCCCUCAACGAGUUCAGCCGCCUGCCGCUGGACCACCUGCGCGUCAUCAGGGGCACCACUCUGUACGAGGACCGCUACGCCUUGGCCGUGAUGAUCAACUACCAGAACGACGGCCAGCACGGCCUGCAGGAGCUGGGCCUGACGCACCUCACAGAGAUCCUGGAGGGAGGAGUCAAGAUCAUCCAGAAUAAAUACCUGAGCCACGCCCCACAGGUCACCUGGCUGGACAUCGUGAAGGACGGCACGGUGCCCAUCGACAUAAACCAGAACGGGGCCCAAAAGCCCUGCAGUGAAGCGUGUGCAGACGGAACAUGUUGGGGUCCAGGAAAUGACACGUGUCAGAUCUUGACAAAGACAAUCUGCGCUCCGCAGUGCAAUGGACGCUGCUUUGGCAGGAGCCCCAGCGAGUGUUGUCACAAUGAGUGCGCUGGCGGCUGCACGGGGCCCUUGGACACCGACUGCUUUGCCUGCAGGAAUUUCAACAACUCCGGUUCCUGCGUCCCUCAGUGUCCCCAGACCGUCAUCUACAACAAGACCACGUUCAGACUCGAGCCCAAUCCUGAUGCUAUGUAUCAAUAUGGCUCCAUCUGUGUCUCCCAGUGUCCCACAAACUUUGUGAUGGAUGGCAGCUCGUGUGUGAGCAACUGUCCUUUGGGGAAAAUGGAGAUGGAGAAAAACGGUCUGAAAAGUUGUGAGCCCUGCGGAGGUCUCUGUCCUAAAGUGUGCCGCGGUACGGGGACUCAGGACCGAGAGACCGUGGACGCGCUCAACAUAGACGGUUUCAUCAACUGCACCAAGAUCCAAGGCAGUCUUCACUUCCUGGUGACCGGGAUCCAAGGUGAUGAUUACAAGAAGGUGCCAGCCCUCGACCCGGAGAAACUGAAGAUCUUCAACACAGUGCAGGAGAUUACAGACAUCCUCAGUAUCCAAUCAUGGCCUGAAAACAUGACUGACCUCUCCGUCUUCUCCAACCUGCAAACCAUCCAAGGCCGAUCACUUAACAGGGGCUACUCUCUGCUGGUGAUGAGGAUCUCCUCCCUGACCUCCCUGGGCCUACGCUCUUUGCAAAGAAUCAACGACGGCAGGGUUUACAUCACCCGAAACAAGAACCUGUGUUACUACGACACGGUCAACUGGACGCGGAUCUUUAGCAGCAGUUCGCGGCCACAGCGGCGGCAGAAGUACCUCGAUAUUAAAGAAAACCGGCCAAGAGCUAAGUGCGUGGAGGAGGGUCACGUGUGCGACCCCCUGUGUUCCUCUGAGGGCUGCUGGGGUCCGGGACCUGACCAGUGCCUGUCCUGCAACAAAUACAGCAGAGGAGGAACUUGUGUGGCAGACUGCAUGUUCCUGAUGGGGGAGAGGCGAGAGUUUGCCGACGCUUCAGGGGAAUGUAUGCACUGCCACUCUGAGUGUAAAGUCCAGGAGGGAAAGCAGACCUGCACAGGCCAGGGAGCCGAUCAGUGUGUCGCAUGCGCCAACCUGCAGGACGGCCCCCACUGUGUGACUUUGUGUCCUGAGGGUGUGAUGGGAGGCGAGGGAGUUAUCUUCAAGUACCCAAACAAGCAAGGCCGCUGUGAGCAGUGUCACACCAACUGCACCCAAGGGUGCUUAGGUCCAACAAUUGGGGACUGUGUCGGGUCUUCCAGAUCCAUUUCUGGGCAAGCCACCACAGCCAUCGUGCUGGGAGUCAUCGCCCUUCUGUUCGCCAGCUUCUCUGUUUUCGUGCUGAGUGUUCUGUAUCGCCGAGGCCUCGCCAUCCGUCGCAAACGAGCUAUGAGGAGAUACAUGGCCAGUGGAGAGAGCUUUGAGUCUCAGGAUCCCGGAGAGAAGGGUCCCAAAGUCGACCCUCGCAUCCUGACGGCCACACAGGUGCGGAAGAUCAAGCUGCUGGGUAACGGAGUGUUUGGAUUUGUUCACAAGGGUGUUUGGAUUCCUGAAGGCGACACGGUGAAGCUCCCAGUUGCCAUAAAAACAAUUCAUGAUCGCACUGGACGGCAGACGUUCUUUGAAGUGACUGAUCACAUGUUGGCGAUUGGAAGCUUGAGCCACGCCAACGUAGUCCGGAUCCACGGGAUCUGCCCCGGUCAAGAUCUGCAGCUCGUCAGCUUGCUCAGCAGCCAGGGCUCCCUGCUGGACCACGUCAGGAACAACAAGAACAAGCUCAGUCCGCAGAGGCUCCUCAACUGGUGUGUGCAGAUCGCAAAGGGUAUGUUUUACCUGGAGGAAAACGGCAUGGUUCACAGGAACCUGGCAGCCAGAAAUGUGCUGCUGAAGAAUAACUACACCGCCCAGAUCUCAGACUACGGCAUCGCAGACUUACUGUACCCAGACGACAAGAAAUACUAUUACAAUGAAGUCAAGAUGCCAAUCAAGUGGAUGGCCUUGGAGAGCAUCCUGUUUCGCAGAUACACUCAUCAAAGCGAUGUUUGGAGUUACGGCGUGACAAUAUGGGAGAUGAUGUCCCACGGUGCGGAGCCCUACUCCACCAUGCGCCCGCAGGAAGUUCCUGAUCUGCUGGAAAAGGGGGAGCGACUGUCCCAGCCGUCUAUUUGCACGAUAGAUGUCUACAUGGUCAUGGUCAAAUGUUGGAUGAUUGACGAGAACAUCCGUCCCACGUUCAAGGAGCUUGCCAAUGAAUUUACCAGAAUGGCGAGAGACCCUCCUCGCUACCUGGUGAUAAAGGAGGAUCGCAGCGAGCAGGACGCGCCUCCUGAUGAGCUAGCUCACCGGAGUGCAGACCUGGAUGACCUGGAGGAUCUGGACUUUGAGCUGGAGGACCAGGGGGAGGAAGUAGAAAUGGAAGGCCUCCACCCACCCUCGCACUACCUGUUUCACUCCAGGAGCCUCAAUGGCCUCUCCAGGCUGGAUUCCCACAGAGUGGUGCUGAGUUCCCCGGUCGCUGCUGGUUAUCUGCCGAUGACAGCGGGCGUCGACAACCCCGGACAGGCCCCGUGGCAAUCACGCUCUCGACUCAACUCCGCUCGGACCGUGUCGGAGGGUUUCGAGGGGUGUGGCUUGGAGAUGAUCGAGGACUUGAGUCAGACCGGAAGCCCCAAGCGGGGACGCCACCGGGAGGACAGCGCCUAUGUGUCCCAGAGGGACAGCCUGUCCGGCGGACCAUCUCAGACGCCAUCUCCAGAUGUGUACGAGGAGGACCUAAACGGUUAUGUGCUGCCUGGAGACAGUCCGGAGAGAGAAACCCUGCUGUGCCCGUCGGGAGUCAUCAACGGCAGGACGGGCAAGGCGCCCUCGCCGGGGCUCCUGGACAACCUGCAUGACGAGGAGUACGAGUACAUGAACAAGCAGACGAGAAUCAACAAGCCCCUCAAAGACAACUGCCAGCGGCCGAAGCGGGACAAGAAGCGAACGUCCUCCGUGUCGUCGCAGGUGACGGCGUGCACGGGCGACGCGCCGCCGACCCUCAGGAACCACGACUCCAAGCAGCUGGGAUGUCAGGAGGUUCAAUAUGAAUACAUGGAUAUCAGGAAGGAUGAAGGCCCUCCGGCACAUGAACCUCCACCUCCUCCUGCGGAAGCAGGAGUGGUCGAGGAGGAGGAGGAGGAGUAUGUGGAGGACAGUGACUAUCACUACACUAACAGACAGCCCAAACUGCGCCAAGCUCUUCUGGAAAACAAGGAGCUGAAGAUCCAGGACAGGGACGAGUACGAGGACAUGGACUGCUUGGGCGCCGCCAACCCGGGAGAGGCGGCGGUGUACCAGAACAUGCAAAUAGCAGAGAGAGGCCCCCAACAAUUAGGGUGCGGGCCUUACGUAAAAGUGCGAGCUAGAGUGGCGGUGGUGGAUCCCGUGAGUGCAGACAGAUCCUUCGACAAUCUGGACUACUGGCACAGCAGGAUGCUCCUCAAGACCAAAGCAAUGCCCACAUGAAGAAGACUCAUCCCUUCCCUCGCAUUUUUUUAUUCAUGAAGGACUUAUAGCUAAAGCUCAAAUGUAGCCCAGGGCUGUGUUUUAAUUCCACGCACCGACGGCUCGUUCACGCUCGCUACGUUCACAUGCGCCACAUUGCAACAACCCGGUCUCUUUCAUUGUCACACCAGUAUGUGAAGACCAUGUUUACAUGCAGUAUUUUUCUAUAUUUUUUAUACACGUAUAGUAUUUUUUUUUUUGUCCAUUGCUUGUGUGCGUCUCAAACACUAGAUGGCGCAUACGAAAACAAAGGCAGCUUGUCACAAAUCGGUAAUGACCCGAAUAAUUGACGCUUCAAUAUGCUAGAUCAGGGGUGUCCAGACUUUUUGACCAGGGGCAUGCAUUGGGCUAAGAAAAUUUGGCCAGGGGCCGAAAGCCGACUGUGUGU